AUGCAUAUGCAAGGAACCAUGGCUGCAUCUCCCCUCCUCUUUCUCCUUGGAGUUCUCUCCUUUGCAUCUCAAGUAGCCGCCUCCAGCUUCGCGGCUCUUGCCUCCAACCUUUCUGCAUCCACCGAAAUUUACUAUCCUACCGAUGCCAAUUGGACCGACACUGUCCAGCGAUGGACCGCGUGGGAAGAACCCACCUUCUCUGUUGGUAUUAAGCCUGCCAAUGUUGCUGAUCUGCAGGCAAUUGUAAAAUACGCUUCCGAGAAUGAUGUCCCCUUUUUGGCCAGUGGAGGAGGCCAUGGAUACAGUACCUCUUUCGGGGCUCUUCAAAAUGGUCUCAAGAUUGACCUCGGGUUCUUCAACAGCAUCACUAUCGAUAAAAAGAAGAACACCAUGACUAUUGGAGGCUCUGUCAAAUUUUCUGAUGUCAUGCCACCUCUUUACAAAGCCGGAAAAGAGAUUCAAACUGGCUCCUGUCCUUGCGUGGGUAUGGUGGGUGCUACUCUUGGCGGGGGUGUUGGUAGAUACCAAGGCCUUCAUGGUCUCAUUCUCGAUGCUUUGAAGUCGGUUCAACUCGUGACCGCCACUGGUAACCUCAUCACCGUCUCUGCCACGAAGCACGAAGACCUCUUCUGGGGCCUUCGUGGCGCUGGGUUCAACUAUGGCAUCGUCACAUCGGCCACAUACAACAUUUACGAUCUGACCAACGAGGGCAACGUUCUCAACGCCGACUUCAUGUUUCCUGCCAGCCUUAACGAAACCUUUUUCAACAUUCUGGCUAGUUAUGAAACCUUACCUGCCGGUCUGUCCUUGUAUACUUUGGUGAUGAAUUAUCCUUCCGUGGGACCCGUUAUCCUCCUGAAUGCCGUCUAUCCCGGCCCCAAGGAAGAAGGACUCGAUCUAAUUGCCCCCUUCCUCGACCUGACUUCUAUUCAACGCAACAUCUCCAUGGUCAACUGGGAUGCAGUCGACGACGCUGCUGGUUUUGGACUAGCCACAGCAUUUUGCGUCAAUGGCGAAAAGCACGACAUGUGGUCCGUUGGUGUACGUUCCAUCGACGCAGCGACACACAUUGAUUACUUCAACAAGCUUGUCAAGUUCUGGGAGGACUUUCCCUCUGCUUCGGGAAGUACCUGGCAGGUGGAGUACUUCCCCAUCCAGGCUAUCACUGCUAUCUCAGAUGACUCCACUGCCUAUCCCCAUCGUGAAAUCAGUGCUCAUGAAAUGUUUUCAUUUAACAUUACCGAUACCUCCAUCGGCGAUAAGGUAGACGACUUUGCCAUUUCGGCUGUUGAGGCUUUCAAUGCGACCAGUGGAUUUGAUGAUUUGCGCAUCUAUGUCAGCUAUGCCCAUGGUACCGAGGGAUUGAAUCCCAUGUAUGGCCCCGAGAAGUUGCCUCGGUUGAUGAAGCUAAAGAAGAAGUGGGAUCCCAAGGGCUUGUUCAACUACAACAAUGGCUUGCUUCACUGA